AUGCAUAACCAGCCUUCACUCUCCUCUCCGGCCCACAUUGUCAUCGAUGAUAAAUUUUGUUCAAUCAAGUCCACCACCUUCACAGUCUGGAAGAAAUCCCUCAUAUUCAAUGGCAAAGGCUUCACCGUCUUUGAUUCAGCUGGAAAUCUGGCUUUCAGAGUGGAUAACUAUGCAUCCAAUGCCAAAAGCGAAAUACUUCUUAUGGAUGAUGUAGGAAACGUUCUAAUUACAUUGCUUCGCAAGAGAUGGAACCUUCACAGAAGAUGGGAUGGGUUCAGAGGAGACACAGUUCAACGUGAGAAGCCCAUAUUUACCGUUACAAAGUCCUCUUUCUUCUCAAACAAAAUCAGGGCUAAUGUGUUUUUAGAUUUUGCGAGGCAAAUCAAGCGUUGUGAUUACCAGAUGGAGGGAUGGUCGUGCAAGUCUUCAUGUACAAUAUUCAGUGCAUCUCGAGACAUUAUUGCACAGUUUAAACAGAAGGAAGCAAAAUCUGAUUUGAUGUUGGGCAACGAUGUCUUCACCCUGCUUGUGCAGCCUCAAGUAGAUCAAGCGUUUAUUAUGGGAUUGAUUCAAUUUAUGCGGCAACUUUCUUGUUUAUAA